CAAGGGGAGUGGACUUUUCCCAGAAACAAAAAAUCGACUCCAACCUCCAAGGAAAGUCUGAACUCUCGGCCUGCUAUUUAAAGCAACAAAUACCAACUGGACUGGAGCUGGGGUGAGCUGCGUCAAUAGGCUGAGCCCAAUCGGAUUCUGCCUGUCAAUUUUUUUCUCGCUCUAUAUAUAUAUAUAUAUAUGAAUAGAAUAAAAGAUUAAUGAAUGAAGAGUGUAUACGUAAAAAAGGGAAUAAAAUACAACUUUUAGGUGGGUUGUUCAUGUGAGAUUAUUAUGCCAUAAAUAAUGUUAAUUGUAUCUCAUUUUUCUUUUUUGAAAGAUCUCCUAUAUUAAAUAAGUGAAUUAAUGUAUCUCAUUGAUUUAACGAUUGAAAUUCUUCGAGAAUUGAUUUCAUGAAGAAUUUCGGGAUAAAAAGCUAAGGAAUGCCAUGGCGAUUGCUUUGAUCCAACAAUUUUUUAUUUGAAAUAAUUUUUAACAACGCCAUGGCGAAUGCUUUGUCUUCUGAAAAUAUUUUUCAUCCUAUUUAAAGGGAUACAAGUGUCCAGUCGAGUCUUUGUUCCAAUUGUUGAAACCAGCAAUCUUGGUUUUGCUGGAGAAGAUGGGAGUUUUCUUAAGCUCCAGAGGACCAAACUUGUUGAGAUUUAAUUUGGGUAGAACCAAGAAAUAAGGAUUCAGUGGACAAUUAUAUGAUAAUGUGACAUAUGGCUGUCCUUCAAGUAGAUUUUCUGGUGCUAUGCAGAUCAAGAGAAGCUCUCAUCUUUUUGCUGUACAUUUUCCUGCAUCAGUUGUGAGCCUUACAGGGGCUGGUGACUGCCUGGUUGGUGGGACACUUGCUUCUAUCUGUUCAGACGAUGCAAGGUCCAUAUAUUCGGCUGCCAAAGUUUUGUUUCAUGAAUCAAUGCUUCAGCCCAUGAGUAUUGUUGUAUGUUGAAAAAUACGAAAAUACAAAGUUGAAGUGGCGAACCACUCGCAUAGUUGUGGAUCAAACUGGGACUGAAGUUCCAGCGUGCCCAACUAAGUGCAAGGCAUCUUUUUCUGAGAAGCAUGUCGAUCUCUCUUCUGCCAAUGGUAUCCAUGUUUUAAGUUGUUCAUCUGGUAGUAACAGCUAAUUAACUAAAUGGCUCGAGUGUGUGUUCUUGUUUGAUUUGUAUGAAGGAACCGUGUUUGAUUUCUAUAAAUUUAAUUAAUAUAUUAAAAUAAUAUUUUUUUUAUUUUUUAGAACUUUUUUUAAUAUAAUACAAUAUAUAUAUAUAUAUAUAUAAAAACACGACAAUGUUUCCAAACGCUUCCUGAAUGUUUCUCAAACCAUCACGUAAACCAUGCAGCGCACCCUGCCCAAACCCAAUGAAUCAAGUAUAAAAUAAAUAACACGUAGGUAUUUGAUUCAUUCAUCGUUUUGUUCUUCACUUGGAGCAAAUCUUAAACCUCACUGUUCAACAUCCCUCCUGCAAUUCAAUUCAUUCAUCGUUUUGUUCCAUGUAAUCAUGGUAAAUGAGGUCCUUAAGAGUUGGACUAAUACACCAUGUCCGAUCCAUAAAGUCCGGUUUUACAUUACCAAUAUUAACCUCUAAUCAACUCAUUCACUUAUACUCCAAACACUGCCUGAUAAAUGAAGCCCAGAAACUGUUCGAUGAAAUGCCUCGUAGAAAUAUUUACUCUUGGAACACAAUAAUAUCUGCCCACGUAAAAUCCCAAAACUUAGCACAAGCAAAAUCCAUUUUUGAUUCCGCUUCUGUUAGGGAUUUGGUCACUUAUAAUUCUAUGUUAUCUGGUUAUGCUGACGUGGAUGGAUAUGAAAGAAAUGCCCUUGAAUUGUUUGUUGAAAUGCACAGCAAGAGUAAUGAUAUUGGUGUUGAUGAUUUUACUGUUACGAGUAUGGUCAAACUGUUUGCUAAGUUAUCUAAUUUGUGUUAUGGGAGGCAAUUGCAUUCAUAUAUGGUGAAAACUGGUAACGAUAGAAGCGGGUUUGUUGUGAGUUCUUUGAUUGACAUGUAUUCGAAAUGUGGGUGUUAUAAAGAGGCCUGCGGUAUCUUUAGAGGGAGUGAAAAAGAAGGGGGUAUUGAUUUGGUUUCAAAGAAUGCGAUGGUGGCAGCAUGUUGUAGAGAAGGGGAAAUGGAGAUGGCUUUGGGGUUGUUUUGGAGGGAAAAUGAGUUGAACGAUUCGGUUUCGUGGAAUACAUUGAUUUCUGGUUAUGUUCAAAAUGGUUAUCCACUGGAGGCAUUGAAGUUGUUUGUUUGUAUGGGGGAGAAUGGUGUUAAAUGGAAUGAGCAUACUUUUGGUAGUGUUUUGAGUGCUUGUGCUGAUUUAAGGAACUUGAAGAUUGGUAAGGAAAUGCAUGCUUGGAUUUUGAAGAAUGGAUUGAGUUCGAGUGCUUUUGUAGAAAGUGGCAUUGUUGAUGUUUAUUGCAAGGGUGGGAAUAUGAAGUAUGCAGAGUCAUUCCAUUUGACAAGCGGGACUGGAAGUUCCUUCUCCAUCACUUCAAUGAUUGUGGGGUAUUCUUCACAAGGAAACAUGGUGGAAGCUUGUAGGCUUUUUGAUUCGUUGGAAGAGAAGAAUUCUAUCGUUUGGGCUGCAUUAUUUGGUGGUUAUGUCAAAUUGAAUCAAUGUGAAGCUAUUUUUGAACUUCUAUGCUUGUAUAUAGCCAAGGAAGCUGCAAUUCCUGAUGCUUUGAUCCUUGUCAGUGCACUUAGUGUGUGUGCAUUCCAAGCUGCGCUUGGUCCUGGGAAGCAAAUUCAUGGUUAUGUAUACAGAAUGGGGAUUGAAAUGGACAUCAAGAUGACUACUGCUAUGAUUGAUAUGUACUCAAAAUGUGGAAGUAUACCAUAUGCAGAAAAAAUGUUCCUGAAAGUUAUUGAAAGAGAUUUAGUCCUUUACAAUGUAAUGGUAGCCGGUUAUGCUCAUCAUGGGUAUGAGAUUAAAGCUAUAAAUCUGUUUCAGGAAAUGUUGGAGAGAGGAGUUGGACCAGAUGCUAUUACCUUUGUUGCCCUCCUGUCAGCUUGCCGUCACCGUGGGUUGGUAGAUUUGGGUGAAAGAACUUUUUAUUCCAUGACAGAAGAUUAUCUCAUACUGCCUGAAACUGAUCACUAUGCAUGCAUGAUUGAUCUUUAUGGAAGGGCUAGCCAGCUAGAAAAGAUGGUCCUAUUCAUGCAAAGAAUCCCUAUAGAAUAUCAAGAUGCUGCUGUCGCUGGGGCAUUUUUUAAUGCAUGUAGGCUAAAUAAGAACACAGAAUUAGCAAGAGAGGCAGAGGAGAAACUGUUAAAGAUUGAAGGUGAUAGUGGAGCUCGCUAUGUGCAGUUGGCUAAUGCUUAUGCAGCGGAAGGGAACUGGGCUGAGAUGGGUAGGAUUAGGAAGGAGAUGAGAGGAAAGGAGGCCAAGAAGUUUGCUGGUUGUAGUUGGGUAUACUUGGAUAAUGGAGUCCAUACAUUUAUAUCCGGUGACAGAACUCAUUCAAAAGCAGUGUGUAUCUAUUCAAUGUUGGACUUCUUGACAUCAGAACUUUAUGAAAUCGCUGGAGUAUUCUGUUAGAUAAUGUUUGAGUGUUGGCAUGACAACAUGGUUGAAAAGCCUGCAUUUAGGAUGGAGAGUUGGAAACUUGGAGUGGUCGCUGAUGUUUAGCGGUUACAUUGAAAUAUUCAAAAGCUAGUCUAUCGUGAGAGAACUUAAUGUCCACUACCAUGAGUUCUCACCUUUUCUCAUGGUUAUUAUUCUUGUUUCUACAAAAAUCUGUUUUCUGUGCAUUUAUUUGUUCUCUUCUUCAUCUAUCAGAAAGUUUGCAAGUUAACGAGAGGAUCUUUGUAGAGAAGGAGCUCGAUGAUGCAAGGAACUUCUACAGCACUAUAGCAUUAAAAAAAAUUGACUCUCUAUUGGGAAAGAUGAGAAGAUCAUGUUCUGAAUUCCAAUGUCCCUUUCUGGUAUGUGCAUAGAGUCAGAUUUCUUAUGUGAUGCUUUGUCCCUGCAUGCUGGGAAAGGAACUCCAUAUUGUAUUGGUCAAUGAAGUCUUACCAUCGGGUUCAUAUCAAUUUUUAUAGUCAUGUAUGGUUAUUUUGUACUUCAAAUGACCUUUUUUCCAGAUACGAUAACAUGUAGGAGUUUUUUUGGUCAUUCUGAAACAGGAUAAUAGAGUAGAGCUAUGAGGAGAACUAUUACUGAAGCCAAAGUGAACAUCCAGAUGGAGAAGCUACAAAGCAAGUCGUUCGGUGUGGUAGCAACCAUCACAACUGUUUUGUUACUAGGACUGGAAGUUCUUCCAAGCCAAGGGUCAAGUCUCCUAAGGUUUUGAACAGUACAUUUGGCUAUCCUUGUGUGCAUUUUGUAAACUGAAAAUGUGGUCACAUGCAUCUUCAAGGAGCCAUGCUGCAGUUCUACCAUGAUUUCCUAAUGCUCCAGCAACACAACCUUGUUUUAUGAGAUUUUUUUAGAUAAAUCCUUUGAUUGGCCCCAAAAUUCUUUCGUUGGCUGAAGUGGAUGCACCUCCAGAGGAUCUCGUCUUCCACAAAUUUUAUGUGAAUAAAAUGAAAACCUUUCAGAGCCAAAUAAGGCAGCUGAAGAAUUGUUUUGAUGUGGAUGAUGACGAUGAAGUUGUUGGUGAUGAUGAGAGCGAUAAUGAAGAGAUUGAUAAUAUGCUAGACCCUGCCGAUCUGUCUCUUGUAGCAGAAAAUGAAUAGGACUCAUGAUUUGAACCAAGCUAUGAAUGAAGAUGACGAAGACUUGCUUCGCAAUGUUGACAUUGCAGAGGUGGAUGCCCCCUCAGAUACUGCGGAAGGGGAAGAUUUUGGCACCAUUAAUGACUGAGAGAUGAUGACAUUGCGGAUGCGGCUUAUGGUUUCGGUAAGCGAAAAAAGAAAACGGAAGUCUAAGGGGAAGUUAGGCGCAUCCCCGUUUGCAAGUCUUGAGGAUUACGAGCAUUUAUUAGAGCCUGAAAGGACUCCUUAACAAUGGUGGUUUAUGUGUACUGUUUAGAGCCUUCAAAUUCAAAUAUUCAAAAAUAAAAAAUAUUAGAGAGUAGAAUUUGCUGUAUAUUAGUGAUUUUUCUCACCCGCUUGGAAACUGAUGCUAAGUUACAAGCAAGGUCAUGCUUUUGGUCAGUAAAGCAGCAUAUGACCGAUUUGGUCGCAA